ACAAUUGCCUUUUUAAAUCAGGUCUGUGACAAGCACAAACUACAUAUGAAGAUAGAUAAAGUAAUCGAGGACACCAGCCGUGAUCUCAUCAAGGAAAACAUAGCAAAGAAAAUAGAUUACUUGCCUCAACAAUUCAUAACUUCAGUCAAGAAACUGUCCAACAUUAAAGGAUCGCUGCUAAUCAUAUUCUUGGGGUUAUUGUCAGUU